AUGAAGAAGCACCUGUGUGAGGAUGCGCGGCGGCGGCGGCGGCGCGGCUGCCGGACUUCGUCCUUACUCCUGCUCCCCCCGGCGCCCAAGCGGGCACUCUUCCCUUCGCUGUCCCCCGACCCUGCACUCCGGGGACUGGGCGCCUCCCCCGGCUCACCUCAGGGAGCGGAGGCCGGUCUCCUGCUUGUCUGUCGCGCCUCCAUGUCGGAUAACCAGAGCUGGAACUCGUCGGGCUCCGAGGAGGAUCUGGAGACGGAGUCCGGGCCGCCUGUGGAGCGCUGCGGAAUCCUGAGCAAGUGGACAAACUACAUCCAUGGAAACAGCUUGCUUGAUGCUGCUAAAGCCCGCUUGAAAAAGCAUGAUGUGGGAACCAAGUUUUCCUACUUGCUGCCCCAAAAGUGUUCUGUCCUUUUACCGCUGAUGGUUAAGGAAGGAAAACUCCAUCUGUUAUUCACUCUUCGAUCAGAGAAGCUGAGAAGAUCUCCAGGACAAGUUUGCUUCCCUGGAGGAAAAAGUGAAGCAGGAGACGUGGAUGAGGUCGCCACAGCUCUACGGGAAACCCAGGAGGAAAUAGGGCUGCUUCCCCAUCAAGUGGAGAUCAUCUGUUGCCUCGUACCACACAUUUUUGAUAAAGCUAUCUUGACAACCCCGGUUGUGGGGUUCGUAGACCAAGACUUCGAGCCGCAGCCUAACCCUGAUGAGGUGAAGGAUGUGUUCCUGGUGCCCCUGGACUAUUUCCUCCACCCGCAAGUCUACCACCAGAACUACAUGAUGUUCUAUGGAAACCCCUUCAUCUUCCAUUGCUUUGAGUACACCAGUCCUGUGAAUGGCGUGACCUACGAGAUCAAGGGAAUGACAGCCAACUUCGCGGUGCUGCUUGCUUUAAUUGUUUUAGAAAAAAGGCCCACCUUUGAGGUUGGAUUCAAUCUGGACGAUCCAGUAACAUCUUCUGAAGAGUCCUUGUUGAAGCUGUAUAAGUCCAUCACCAGCAAAUUAUGA